AUGCGGACCGCCGUCGAGCUGCACAACCACACAAUCCGCGUGAAGAUGGCGGCCUACGGCGGCUAUGAGUGCUAUAGCGAUGAGGUCGCGACCCUCCUCGCCUUCGAGAGCGCCGUCGCCGCCUGCCGAUUCUGCGCGGAGGCCCAGCAGUGGCUGAUGGGGCUCCCCUGGCCCGCCUUCGCGACCCCGGUCGGGAGGCGGCUCUGCGGGAAGGAGGCCUCGCCCGCGGGGGCGCUGUUUAACGGCCUCCGCAUCGCGAUGACGGUGCACACCGGCGAGUGCUUCCUCGAGGACUCCGCGAUCCCCGCGGCGGGCGGCGAGGGUCGCGGGCAUUACUACGGCAAGGCCCUCUCCCAGCUCCUCCACAUCGCCGCCCUCGCCCAGGGCGGGCAGGUGGUCGUGUCGAAGCCGGUGUGGGAGCUCUGCGCGCGGCAGCCGCCCGAGCUGGCCUCGCUCGCCAUCGCGGAGCUCGGGGCCUUCGCGAUCCCCUCCACCAACCAUCUCGGCCUGCUGGAGACGGAGACGAUCGAGCUCCUGCAGGUCCUCCCCGCCGCCCUGAAGGCGCGCGCGUUCAAGCCGAUCUCCGCCGCGGCCGCGGCCUCGCCGACGAUGCGGAUCGGCUCCGCCGCGGCCGCGAGCGAGAUCGAGGUCAUCACCCAUCGCCGGAAGGCCCUGGCGGAGUCCAUCGGCCUGGUGAAGACCGAAUUCCACACCGUCGAGGCGGAGCUCCGGCCGUUAAUGGACCACGCCCGCGCCCUUCGCAAGCACUUCCACCUCCUCUCCCCGCCCGAGAUGGUCAACCAGCUGAAUGAGCUCUACGCGGUGAUGGAGAGGGUCGCGCUGCGGGCCGAGGAGGUCCACGCCGAUAUCGCCCACCUCAGCCUCGUCCAGGGCGAUCUGGAGGCCCAAUCCCGAGGCCUGCACGAGGUCUUCCGACAACACCAAUCGCAAAGCAAAAACGAAACGCUGCACGUCGAGAUGGAGAUGAACAAUUUUCGCGUCCAGGCGGCCUUGCAAGAGGCGGAGGAAAAACAUCGGUCCGAAAUCGAAGGCUAUAAGCAGUCUUUGGCUCAAAAAGAGCAGACAAUUCGGAAAUUGUACAAGGUUCUUGAACAACAGCGCACACUCAUGCUGCCCCAUUGA